AAAAAAGGGAAGAGAAAGCUCCCCGUCAAAAUCCGUCCGCAUACUUGGCACCCACCUCAAGCACAAAACAAGGGGAUAAAUCCAAGGGGGGAGACGAGCUGAGGAAAAAAAACCCUACUUAACCGACAGUCUCGCCGGCGGGAGGUAGAAGCGCGGCGCGUCCAGUCGUCCAGCGGCCUCCGCGCGCGCCCGCGGGUGGUCGCGGCGGCGGCGGCGGGGAGCUGGGGGUCGUGGGGGCGGAGUCAGAUGCGCUCGGAAUGGGGAAGCCCGUCGAUGUCGAGCUCGGCGGCGCGGGAGGCCUCGCGAUCGCCGGCGGAGGAGGAGGAGGAGGAGGGUGGGGGUGCGGCGCGGUCGGCCGCUCCGUCUCGUUCCGGUGCGUCUUCGUGCUCGCGCUCGCUGUCGGGGUCCUCGUCCCGGCGCUGUUCCUCCUCCUGCCCUCCCGCCCCGGGGGUUACCUUUCCAGCGACCCCGACGUUCUCGCCGCUGAAAUUCAGGUUGGUUUCACGUUGGAAAAGCCAGUAUCGUUCCUCGCUGCUCACAUGGACAGAAUAGGGAGUGACAUAUUUGAAGAGAUUGGUGUACCUAAUAGCAAGGUUUCCAUUGUUUCGAUGCACUCUUUAGCUUCUAAAUACUCCACGCGUGUGGUUUUUGGUGUUCUUCCUUAUCCAAAAGAUGCUUCGAUAAGUUUGCCGGCCCUUAGUGUACUGAGGUCAUCCUUAAUAGGGAUGAUGCUGAAGCAGCUGAACCUAUCCUUGACACCAUCAAUUUUUGGUUAUCCAUCUUCCAUCGAGUUGUUGGGAUUCCCUGGAGGAAUUACUGUUGUUCCUGUGCAAUCUGGUUCUGUAUGGGCAAGCACAGACCCACUAUUCAACUUUGUGCUGAACAACUCCAUUGGUCAGAUCUUGGGUAAUCUUACAGAGCUAAAAAAUCAAUUGGAAUUUGGAUUGAACUUGAGGUCCUACGAGAGAAUAUAUUUGCAGUUCAGGAAUGAGAUUGGUUCUUCAGUUGAAGCGCCAGCAACUAUUGAGGCAUCGGUGUUAGAUGGGAAUAGUAUUCUGUUGCCAUAUAGAUUGAAACAACUAGCUGAGCUAAUCAAAGAACCUGACGCGAGGAACCUUGGGCUUAAUCACUCUGUAUUUGGUAAAGUAAAAGGAGUUCAGCUGUCAUCGUAUCUGCAACACUCAAUCUCAGAUUUGUCUCCUAGUCCAGCUCCUUCACCAUCUCCAUAUCCAUCCCCCUCUCCAUCACCUUCUACAAGUGUACCACCAUCUUCGUCGCCAUCUGGGAGUGUCCCGUACCUUACACCCCCAACCUCUAGUCCCUCUCCUCGGGCUUCUCCCCCUUUACCAAACCACCCCCCUUGUUUUCCAUGUUCUGAUUGUAACCCCUUUCCUCCAGCUGGUAGGCCAAUGCUAAAACCACCCUGCUUUGGUAGUGGCCCUAAGCUGCCUCCAUCUGUGCAUUCACCACAGCCAUCUGCUGUUCCAUCCCCCACAGUUCAUAAACCAUACCUUCCUCCAAUCCCUGUCCAUGUAGAUCCUCCCCAUCCCUUACCAUCUCCCAAUCAUGUACCAAACGCAGUCCCUGGACCAACUUAUCAAAUGAUGCCGAUACCUUCACCCCCAGUGCCUCAUUUUCGACAUUCUCCUCCACGGAAGAAACGAAGUGGCACAACAACCAAGUCUCCUCCAAUUGCUCCAUCUCCGUAUUCUCUCCUCCAUUCCUGAAGUGAUGGUCAGAAAACUUCCAAUGUAUCUGCUCCAUCGUUCACAAACCUAUCCUGAAUACGAGGUCGAUGUGGUUGCAAUUUUGCUGCUUGGAACUUCCUGAACUGGGAAUCGCAAUAUGAUGCUGCAAAGACGGGUUCUGUUUUUCAGUAAAUUUUAACUGUAUGGUGAAUUCCGGACCAUCUGAGGCGGAUAUAACUGUAGAUAUAGGUCUAUAUUAUGCUAAUUUACAGGGCUUUAUGUCACGAAGGUGGCUGCCUUAUGCCUUUACCGAAUUGUAAGGUCUCACCGAAGGGUUGGGGACUUGUGUUAGAGAAGAAUGUGUACUCUUAAGGUCUCGCCGAAGGGCUGGGGGCUUAUGGUAGAGAAGAAUGUAUUAAUGCUCUUACCUGUGACAUAUUCAGCAUACUACAACUCGCAUCUUUGAUGUGGCAUUUCAUGCCGUGGGCCUUUUCGCGCUGAGUGGUAAUUUAGCAUUUGUACUGUGGCACGCUUGGUUAUGUUGUUGAAAUAUCAAAGUUAGGUCACAGAGGUUA